AUGAGUGGACCCAAAUCUACAGUAACCGUGGCCGUGUUUGUGACAUUGAGCACACUGACCCUCGCCAAGACUGUGGUGUUCUUGCCACCCCCAAGUACCAGCUACUUCGUCUACCACGGCAACAUAGCAGCAGCUCUAGCCAGCCGGGGCCAUGACGUAUGGAUCUGCGUGCCAGAAUUUCUGCUUUACAAAAACUUGGUUAAAGACCAGGCUGUCAAAGUUCUCCCGUAUGGGAAACAUUUGGGCGACAUCGAGAAGCGAGUGAUGAAACACUCAAGAAUGAUUGAAGUUUUCUGGCAAGAAGAAUUCUCAGUGAGCACCGUGAACUUCUACUAUCACACGCGAGAAUAUUCAAGACUAGCACAUGACAUUUUGUCUGAUCAGACUUUUAUAAAUGCAAUACGAAAUCUGAAUGCAGACUUGUUCGUCUUAGAUUCCAGUAUUUUUAACGUAAAUAUUGUAGUACUGCCGUACUUGUUGAAUACGCCCUUUGCAUUUGUUGGAUCAUUCCAUGAACCCCCUUUGAACCGGGUUCCCUUUAAUCAAGGAGCGCCGGACUACCCCAUGGACCAUAUGAGUAACAGGCUGACAUUCGCAGACAGGGUUGUCAACUUUCUCAUCCAUCUUGUCCGCGUCAACGACCUGUUUCAUGACAGCAGCCUAGUGUCCAGGUUUGCAGCCCACAAACCUUACAAGUCAAUCAAUGCUCUAGCAGGCGAUGCUGAAAUAUUCAUUGCUGAGACUGAUCACGUACUCGACUAUCCUCGCCUGAUGCUGCCUAACACUAAACUGGUAGGAGGGUCAUCGGCCUCGGUAGCCAAGCCACUAAUUGGGGAACUGAAGAAGUUUGUGGACGAGUCCAAGCACGGAAUCGUGGUCGUGUCGUUUGGGGCAAGUGUGAUCAAUGUACCCGCUCCCAUUACAACCAAAAUGGCGGCAGCUUUCAGACAGCUCGACCUCAGGGUGGUGUGGAAUGUAAAUUUAACCUCCCCUGACCCCGGGCACAUCAGGACGUCCUUGUGGAUGCCACAAAACGACCUUUUGGGAAAUGAAAAGACCAAACUGUUUGUGUCUCACUGUGGUAAGAACGGACAGUACGAAGCUCUCUACCACGCAGUGCCCAUUCUCUGUCUGCCAAUUUUCGCAGAUCAGGGCUACAACUCGGAAAGAAUCAAAAUUAAACAACUUGGCCUUCGUGCAGACAUUCGCAAAAUUAGCGCAGACGAACUGGCAGCCAUGAUGAAGGAAAUCAUUUACGAAGGAAAUUUUACAGAGAACAUGAAGAAAGCCUCCCGUCUUUACCGCGAGUUGUAUAAAGACCCAAAGACAGAAUGCGCCUACUGGCUGGACCAUGUGCUAAAAUAUGGCGGGGCAUACAUGAGAUCUGCAGCCCAAGACAUGCCCUGGUAUCAACUCUACCUCCUUGAUGUUAUCACUGCCCUGUUGGCUGUGACCUCACUGAUUUUAUUGGUUGUCUACCAGCUCGCCAAGCUCUGCUACACGUGUCUUCUGACUCGGUUCAAUGACCGGAAACGAAAACCGGAUUAG